AUGAUUGGCGCGCGCGCUGCCGCCCUUCUACGUCUGUUUCCUACAGUCGCUCCCCACUUGUCUACCGCCAGUUUGAAAAUUAAACAGCCCCGGCGCUUCCCAUUGGGCCCUCUGUGCGAUCACGUGAUUUUGCUUCUGCCACUCAGACCGUUUCGCGCGCCUUUUCGAAUUGGAGUUUUCAUCGACAGUCCUUGUAUCCUUCCUCCUCACUCGCCCAGGAGGGAGGGAAAUAAAAUAGUCCUGCAAAGAUGUCUGUCCCGGCGGGCGGAAUCUCUGCAGCUCCGGAAGGGUGAUUUCUGUCAGCAGGUAAGACUUCCAGUUUCAAAGAUGCCGCUCUUUGGGAAAAUUGUUGUUAUUAAAAGGAAUGGGACCGAUGGAAUCCAUUUUCCACUCACUGCAAGUUCUUGUUUAUUUGGAAGGAAAACGGAGUGCGAUAUCCGCAUACAGCUGCCUCAAGUCUCAAAAGAACAUUGUAAAAUUGAAGUCAAUGAGAACAAGGAGGCAGUCUUGAUUAAUUUAAGUACUGUAAAUCCAACGCAAUUGAAUGGUAACAGUUUUCAGCAACCUGCACAUCUGAAGCAUGGAGAUGUGUUCACUAUUGUUGAUCGUUCUUUCAGGUUUGAAUAUCCUCCUCAAUCAACUCCAAGAAAGAGACUUUCUAGAACUCCAAAAAAUGAAACCCUACAGGUUCUUCAUGUUCAGCAGGUGGCAGAAGUGGAAUUACAGAGCCCAACAUCUAAAAGUCCUCAUACGUCUGAUAAAAACAUAGAAUGUGAAGGCCAAAAUUUUGGUGAAAAUGACAAGCAAAGCACUGAGGAAGAUAUUUCCAGAGUUGUACCAGCCAAACAACAUGCAACACCUAAAUCAACAUACAGAACAGCUAAAUCUAACAGAAGAGAAAAUGAGAUGUCUCCUUUUAGCAAACUUUAUGAAUUGUUGAAAAAUGAGAUUGAUGUGAAAACACAGAAAGAUGGCAACGAAGAGAUACCUAUGCCACGACAAGCAGAGACUAAUGCCCAGCAAAUUUCAUUAUUGGUAUUUCCAUCUAGUCAAGAGACCCAAACUAAGGAAAAAGAGACAAUAAUUGGUGAAGAUAUUGAACAGUCUUACGUUAAAGAACAAGAAAUAAACAAUGUGGAACUUAAUCAGAUUUCUACUGAAGGAAAUAGUUCUAAGAAGACCAAUGAAAUAAGUUCUGCAAAUUCAGGUGAACCACGGACUGGACAAGAUUCAUCAUUAGGAGUUAAAGCAACAGAAAUUUCAAAUGAAAUUCAAAAGAAAGAUGUAGUGUGCAGUAGUGUUGGUGGGAAUGAAUCAUGCAUUUUGGGAAAAAGUAAUAAAUAUUCAAAGCAAAGGAGAAAUAGUAAACAGCUUACACCAAGAAAAUCCUUAAAUGCAGAAGAAGUGCUAAAAGAAAUUCAUUAUGAGACUUCCUCAGUUAGCGUAACUAAGGAGAGAGAUUCUGAAACUGUUGCAUUUUCUCCUGGGUAUAGUAAUUCCAAAAGCCCCAAAGGGAGUGUUAGACAAAGUAAAAAAAAUUCAAAUAAAAGUCCAUUAUCACAGUUAUUAACUCCAGAAAGGUUAACACCGAAAGAUGAAUCUCCUGCUAGCCGUAAACAUCACUCUGGAGCGCGAAGGGGAAGACGAAUGAGCUCUGGAAAGAUGGCUGAAGAAACAUUGGAGAGAGAUCCAUCUCAAGAACAUUACAAGAAUGUAGAUAUUAAAGGUAGUGAUGUUAAAGAAAAGCUGACCACAGAGAACUACCAACAGAAAUUAGAGGUGGAAGAUGCUAAUAUUGUCCUGGGACCUCACAGGUUGUCAUCAAAAAGAAGAUGCUCUGAAAGUGUUGUACUUCUGAGAGAUGAUGAAGUUGCAUCAGAAAUAAAUAUUUCUAGCCUACCUACUGAAGACAAAAAGUCAGGUGAGACAAAGAGGUUACCUCAAAAACGGAAAAGUAGAGAGAUUGAGUUGCUACAUCAGCCUCUUGGGAAAAGAAAGAGAGUGUCUUUUGGUGGUCAUCUCAGUCCUGAACUUUUUGAUAAAAGUCUACCACCCAAUUCACCACUUAGAAGAGGUGCAAUUCCAGCAAGGUUAAGCUUACCAUUUGGAAAUUCACCUCGUGCGGUUCUGAAGAAGGGACAGGGAUUCAAACGUCUUGUAAUCAAGGAUCUUUCAGAGCAUUUGCAGAGACAAAAAUCAUCACAAAAAAACUUGCCUGCCAGGAGGUCCCCGGCUGCCUCGCCGCCUGCCAGGAGGUCCCCAGUUGCCUCGCCGCCUGCCAGGAGGUCCCCAGUUGCCUCGCCGCCUGCCAGGAGGUCCCCGGUUGCCUCGCCGCCUGCCAGGAGGUCCCCGGUUGCUUCGCCGCCUGCCAGGAGGUCCCCGGCUGCCUCGCCGCCUGCCCUUGAAAAAAUGUCACCUAAGCUCACUGCAAACUCCCCAUCAAAUACACCAUUCACAAAAGGACGUUUCUCUAUUUCUCACAUUAGCACACCAUCUCCGACUUCAAAGGAGCAGGGUACUGCUGCAACAGAAGUUAAGGAAAGUGAUGGAGAUUUUACUGGAGUCAAGACACCUGAAUCUUUUCAUAUUAACCAGGAACAUCAGAUUUCUGUGCCAACUACACCUAAACAAUUAAUAAGGCGUAGUAUAAGAUUUUCUGUGAAGAGAACUCCCAUGAAGAGGAGGAGUGAUGCUGUGGAAACCAUUCAUUCUAAAAGAAGAAGUGGUGCUUCUAAAGCCAAUUUGCUAGUUGCAAAAUCUUGGGCAGAAGUGGUGAAGUUGGGUGUUGCAAGACCACAAGUAAAGGCUGUUAAAAAAUGUGUUCUCAAAGGAAAAUCAGCCAAGAAGUUAACAAAAUCACCAAAGACUCCAGCAAGAAAAGUAAAGGGUCAUUUUAGUACAGGUCAUGCAGAUUCUCCAGCUACAAUAGUGAUAGGAAGAGCUCAUGCCACCAGAGUGAAGCUGGUUGGACAGGCCCCUAGAGUGGUCAAGAAUUGUGCUUUGAAACAAAACAUGGAUAUAAAUGAAAGUUUCACAGGAAUGACUGAGAUGUUUAGAACUCCAGUAAAUGAAAAUCAAAAAAGUCCAUCUUUAUCUGCUGCUCACAAGACUGAUCUUACACCAUCAUGUGCUGAAGUAGAAGGCUCUGAGGUACACACUCCAGAGGAGUCUGGAGAGAUGGUAAUAUCACCAUUAAGUAUCUCAGGCAUGUCACAACAGAGAAAAGAUAGUCAAGAUGUUGUAUCUCGCUUCCUGAGAGUGGAGAAGUCUCCAAAUUCUGCUUUUGUCGCAGUUAAGUUAAAGCAGACUCCUAAAAAAGAGAGAACUGUACUGGAAGAGAAGGUGGAAAUGAGUAAUCCAUUAGUAAUGCCAGAAAAGCAUAUAACUGAGAUGACAGUGGGAGCUAAAAGGCUUGUGAAGACUCCAAAGCAAAAGAUGGAACCCGUCGAGCCUCUGUCGGGCGUCAAAAGGCUCUUGAGGACUCCAAAGCAAAAGAUGGAACCCGUCGAGGCUCUGUCGGGUGUCAAAAGGCUCUUGAGGACUCCAAAGCAAAAGACCGAACCCGUCGAGGCUCUGUCGGGUGUCAAAAGGCUCUUGAGGACUCCAAAACAAAAGACCGAACCCAUCGAGGCUCUGUCGGGUGUCAAAAGGCUCUUGAGGACUCCAAAGGAAAAGACUGAACCCAUCGAGGCUCUCUCAGGCAUCAAAAGGCUCUUGAGGACUCCAAAGCAAAAGACGGAACCCAUCGAGGCUCUCUCAGGCAUCAAAAGGCUCUUGAGGACUCCAAAGCAAAAGACCAAAUCUGUCGAGGUUCUUUCGGGCAUCAAAAGGCUCUUGAGGACUCCGGAGCAGAAGACGGAACUUCUUACAGAUGAAAUUGCCUUAAAAAGAUUACUAAAGACUCCAGCACAAAAAAAGCAAGUAGUAAAUGAUCUGGUGGGAGUCUCUUUUAUGAAGACAACACGAAAGCAGAAAUGUCAGUCAGUAGAAGACAUGAUAGGGAUCAGCCAUAUGAAAAGGUCUAAGCAGAGAAUCCAAUCAGAAGAUACGGUAGGAAUGAAAAGGCUAUUGAAGACAUCACGUGAAAGAGUUGAACCAGUAGAAGACCUGUUUGGUAUCAGCAGACUACUGAGGACACCAAGGGAAAAAUAUCUACCAGUUGAUGACUUUGUGGGAUUGCAAAAACUUAUGGCUGAGCCUAAACAAAAAUAUUCAAAUUCUGAACUGGAUUUUGCUGGUGUUAAAGAAAUUUUUGAUACACCAAAGGAAAUUAAGGUCAAAGUUACAGAUCUCAUGCAAGAAAAUAAUUCUCCUCAUAUUGAUCCUAAAAGUGAACAUGAAUCCAGAGGAAAUUAUGAAAGAGGACUGAAGCAAGAGAAAAAAAUGGAAGAUUCACUUGAAAAAACAUCACUCCCAUUUGUGAGAUCAAGGAAUGGAAACAUUAAAAAUGAACAAGAAUUGCAAGAAAGCCUUGAACAUGCAUGUAUUUCACCUAAGGAGUCAGAAAGUGUGAAAAAUAUAGAAAAUAUUGAAAAAGAAAAAAUGAGUAAUGGCUCUCAGACACAGAGCCAUAAUCUCUCAAAUUCAGUAAUCUCUCUUUUACUUACCAAAAUGGAUCCAGUUCAAGAACCAGCUAUGCAACUGCAAAGAGAAUUAAACCAAUAUUUGAAAGAUAGUGAUGAUAAAGAAUUGCUUUUUGAAAAUCCUGUUGCCCCACAAUUAAAUCUUAUCCAGGAAUCUAUCGAUUUGUCCAGUAAAGACAAAAAAUCUACAAGGGCAAAACAGCAGAAAAUAGAAAUAAAAGAGAACCCCUCUUCACUAAGAGAAUGUGAAGAAAAUCUAAAGGAGAAUGUAAAUUUACUAGAAUUACCAGUUCUGAUGAAAGAGAGGAUUGAAGACCAGAAGGAAGAGGCUGUUGCUUUCACUUCCGUAGUUAAAAAUCUAGGAAGAAAAGAGAGAACUAAUCAGUGUAUGCAAGAAGAAAUUAUUUCAAAAAUUCAUGUUCACAAACAACUUGACAAAAAUAAGGAAGCUGUUUCCUCAGUAGAAAUAAAUGGAACUUUUCAUAGCUCCAGAAGAGGUAAAAGGAGUCUUGAGUCUCAUGAUAAAGAUUCUUUAAUGCUACAAAGAGAAACUACAAGUAUGAAACAGAAUUUGCAGACUGUGCAUCAAUCUGUCACAAACCAUAUUUUAAUAAUGGAAAAUGAUCAAAGUCUGAAGACAGCAAAUGUAUCUAGUAGCAGUAAAAAUGUAAGAGGGCACACUCUGCAAAUAGGGCUUAUAGCACCUGAAGAUAAGUCUGAUCAAGAUAGUGUAAAAAAUAAUGAAAAGGUGGCUCUGUCAGUUAGGAAGAGGUCUAGAGGGGAGAAAAAAUUAGUUCCAGCUAAAAGAACCAGAAGAGGGAAAACUGAAGAUAACAAACAGGGAUUUACAGAGGAACAUGAUGCAAAAGAAAAACCCCAAAGACAGACAACAAGGAACCCUUGUAGGGCAGAAACAGCAAAGUGUAUACAAACAGAUGAACAGGAUUUUGCCCACAGUAUCAUUGAGGCUGCUGCAGUAGAAGAAUCUGAAAUCAAUAAACCAACCCUUGAAAUUAUGGUAACAGAGAUGAAAGGAAGAAAAUCUUUGAGAGUAAAAUCUAGAAAGCAAUUAGAGGAAACAGAGAAAGUAAGUACAGAGAUGGGACCUGAAAGUGUAAGACCUGUCCAGGAAACCAAGAGAACAUCAAAAGAAACUGUAGUUAAAACACACAAAGCUAUAAAAAAUGAGACAAAAGCGGUUCAGGGAACUAAGGAAGCAGAAACAGGUCAAAGCUUAAAGUUAAAGAAGUCACAUUUUGAAAACACAAAUGAAGCACCACUUGAUGUUUAUAGCUUGCAAGCAAACAGGAAUUCAAUAAAAAAAACUAAUCAAAGACAUGGAAAUAAGAGAGGUCAAAAAGGUAUAUUGGACAUUAAGGAAGGUGAAUUUGCCAAAAAUGAAAAAAUGAUACCACAAAAUAUACCAGAAACUGAACCAGAGACAAUUUCUACAAAAGACUCUCUAGGAUCUCUACAGACAGUGCAAAAUUCCAAAACCAAGGAAGCCCAAAACAAUCCAACUGCUGCAAUGGUAUAUGGUCCUAAAGAUGUUGAGAGAACUGUUCUUAGACAUGGAAAGAGGAUAAGGAAAGGUGAUGGCAAACAGGAAGCAUCUGAAACCAAACAAAUUGAGAUUUUAGAAAAUAAUCCUACAGAAGCAAAUGAAAAUACAUCAAGAAGAGACAGAGAGAAAAAAGUUCAUUUUGAACUUGAGGAAGCCAAUUCUGCUUCUCUCAGAGGAAAACACAUUUUACCUGAAGGUAAUGAUAAAGACCAAAAUGAGACUUCAGAAAACAUUCCUUCCCAAGCAAAUGAAAAUCUCUCAAGAAGGGGCAGAAGGAAAGAGGUUGAUCUCACGCCACAUGCAGUUAGUUCCACUUUUCUUAGAGAAAAAUACAGCUUGCCAGAAAGUGAUGCCAAAAAAGAAGCUCCUAAAAAAGACCAAGUUGCAGCUUUGGAAUCUACUGCUUCCCCUACAAAAGAGAAUACAUCCAGAAGGGGCAGAAGGAAACAGGUUGAUCAUAAAGCGCUGGCAGCUAAUUCCACUUCUUUUGGAGGAAAAUGCAGCUUGCCAGGAGAUAGCAGUAAAGAAGAGAUGUCAGAAGAUCAAAAUGUGCCUUUGGAAGCUAUUGUUUCUCCUACAAAAGAGAAGCUAUCAAGAAGGGGCAGAAGGAACCAAGUUUCUCUCACAUCUCGGGCAGCUAGUUGCACUUCUCUCAGAGGAAAAAGUAGCUUGACAGAAAACGAUGAUAAAGAUGCGAUUCCUAAAGAAGACCAAAACGUGCCUUUAGGAAGUACUACCUCCCAAGCAAAAGCUAAUCCACCAAGAAAAGGCAGAAGGAAACAGGUUGAUCUCACAACACAGGCAGCUAGAUCCACUUCUCUCCGAGGAAAAAGCAGCUUGCCAGAAAAUGAUGGUAAAGAGAAGGUUCCUAAAGAAGACCUAAAUGUGACUUUGGGAAAUACUACCGAAGCAAAAGCUAAUCCACCAAGAAAGGGCAGAAGGAAACAGGUUGAUCUCACGACACAGGCAACUAGAUCCACUUCUCUCCGAGGAAAAAGCAGCUUGCCAGAAAAUGAUAAUAAAGAGAAGACUCCUAAAGAAGACCAAAAUGUGCCUUUGGAAAAUAUUACUUCCCAGGCAUCAAAAAGGGGCAGAAGGAAACAGGUUAAUCUCACAACACAGGCAGCUAGUUCCACUUCUCUCAGAGGAAAAAGCAGCUUGCCAGAAAAUGAUGGUAAAGAGAAGGUUCCUAAAGAAGACCCAAAUGUGACUUUGGGAAAUACUACCGAAGCAAAAGCUAAUCCACCAAGAAAGGGCAGAAGGAAACAGGUUGAUCUCACGACACAGGCAACUAGAUCCACUUCUCUCCGAGGAAAAAGCAGCUUGCCAGAAAAUGAUAAUAAAGAGAAGACUCCUAAAGAAAACCAAAAUGUGCCUUUGGAAAAUAUUACCUCCCAGGCAUCAAAAAGGGGCAGAAGGAAACAGGUUGAUCUCACGACACAGGCAGCUAGUUCCACUCCUCUCAGAGGAAAAAGCAGCUUGCCAGAAAAUGAUGGUAAAGAGAAGGUUCCUAAAGAAGACCCAAAUGUGCCCUUGGGAAAUACUACCGAGGAAAAAGCUAAUCCACCAAGAAAGGGCAGAAGGAAACAGGUUGAUCUCAUGACACAGGCAGCUAGUUCCACUUCUCUCCGAGGAAAAAGCAGCUUGCCAGAAAAUGAUGAUAAAGAGAAGGUUCCUAAAGAAGACCAAAAUGUGCCUUUGGGAAAUACUACUGAGGCAAAAGCUAAUCCACCAAGAAAGGGCAGAAGGAAACAGGUUGAUCUCACAACACAGGCAGCUAGUUCCACUUCUCUCCGAGGAAAAAGCAGCUUGCCAGAAAAUGAUAAUAAAGAGAAGACUCCUAAAGAAGACCAAAAUGUGCCUUUGGAAAAUAUUACUUCCCAGGCAUCAAAAAGGGGCAGAAGGAAACAGGUUGAUCUCACAUCUCAAGCAACUAAUUCCACUUCUCUCAGGGGAAAACGUCACUUGCCAGAGGAUGAAAAGGCAGCCAAAAAAUUAAAAUCAGAGUGUGGUGAAAGUACAACUCAGCAGAAAGAAACAAGAAACAAAACUAAAGGAGAACUUGGCAAAGGUGGUAUUAGCAUGAUUCAGAGUGCUGGAGGAACAGAAAGGAAAACAAGAGCAAGUGCAAGAACAAGAAAAUAACCUCUUUAAUAGUUGUAGAGCCAGUUCUGAAUAUUUUUCAGUAUUUGAUUUUGCAGUUUUUUUACGUAAAUGGAUGAGCACUUAGAUUUGAUAGAGUUGUAAAGCAUUCAGUGAAUUUAGGUAUAAUGGAGAUAUGUUUAUCUGUUUAUAUAAGUAGAAGAGAUACCUCUUUUAAUGGCAUAAUUCAGGCAAAUAUAUUUGCUUUCCAAACUGUUGUGAGCUUGUGCAAAAUUACAGCAACCAAAAAAAUUUCUGUGCCAACAUUGAUGCCUCCUUUCAUUGAUGAUCAUUUCAGAGGUUUGGAAGUUGUAUUACUUUGCUGAAUCUGCCCAUAUGUAAUUGUAUGUUAUUAUCUAGUUAGCUUAAUUUUGGGAUACUGAAGUUUUAUUUUUUCAUGAAAGUUCUGUAAAUAUCCUUUUUAAAAAGUCUACAGGUUUUUAUUGGCAAAACUAUUAUGUGGGAAUUCUGAUUUAACAGCUUAAAUUGACUACUGCAAAAAAUGCGAAUAGAUUUUUAUAAGAGUUAAUAAAUUUUGUAAAUGUUAA